AGAUUUGAAGUUUAGCCGUCGGGCUAGCAGUUUCUAUUCAUCAUCUGCUUCCUCUUCAGGGUUGGGUGAUGUUUAUAUUCCUAGAAGGUUUUGAUGACAACAGCAAGCAGUGAAAAAGACACCAGUCAGACAUCGUAUGCUCAAAAUGAGUCCUGAAUUAGACCCUGCUAAAACUGCUGAUUCUGAUUUAGGGCAUUCGAACUCGAGGGCCUGAAUGCUGAUUAGACGGCAAAGGACUGAAGUGGAUGGGCUUGAUGAUGGGUCCUGUUCUGGUCUGGCUCCAGGAUGUGGCAGCUGUGACUCUGUUGAGGGCUCAGCGUACGCUGCUGCGGGCCGCCAUCCUCUUUUGCAUGUUGGUGCUGCUGCUAUGGGUGUCGAUCUUUUUGUACGGCAGCUUCUACUACUCCUACAUGCCCACUGUCAGCUUUUCUACACCUGUGAACUACUACUACAGAAGCGACUGUGAGUCUGCCAACUCUGUCCUCUGUUCCUUCCCCAUGGCGAAUGUAUCUCUCCUAAAAAAUGGCAAAGAGCAGGUGUUGAUGUAUGGCCAGCCUUAUCGAGUCUCGCUCGAACUGGAGAUGCCGGAAUCUCCUGUUAACGAGCAGCUCGGCAUGUUCAUGAUCAAAAUGUCCUGCUACACCAAAGACGGAAAAACCGUGUCCACUGUGGCACGCUCUGCCAUGCUGCAUUAUCGUUCCAGUCUCCUGCAGACCCUCAGCACCUUGGUGUUCUCCCCAUUGCUGCUCACAGGCCUGUUGGAGCAGAAGCAGCUUAUAGAGGUGGAGCUCUUCUCAGACUACAAGUCGGACUCUUACCACCCCACUGUUGGCGCUGUAAUCGAGAUUCAGUCUCGGCAUGUGCAGCUCUACUCUUCCCAGCUUAGGAUACACGCCUACUUCACUGGGAUCAGAUACCUCUUGUAUAAUUUCCCUCUAAUGUCAGCAGUCAUCGGAGUUGCCAGUAACUUCAUGUUCCUCAGUGUGAUUGUGCUGUUUGGUUAUCUGCAGUUCAUGUGGGGCGGAUUGUGGCCCCCAGAGCAGGUUAAAAUCCAGGUAAUGAUGGGAGACACAACACGUCUACAGAAGAGGAAAGAGGAGGCCCGGAGACGCAUGCGCACAACAGCUAGCGCACCAAAUCUGACGUACGAGAAGGACCAAGAUGCACCAGCAGAGACGAAGCAAACUAAAGGUGAUCUCGACACACUCGGUGCAGUGAGUUCACUUAGUGAAUCUUCACAAAAUGAAGAGAAUGAUCUUAAAUUUCCACAUGUUCCAGAGAUCAACACAAGUGACGACACUGAGGAGACACAGGACACGAGCUUAAGACAAAGACACGGGCCUUGGAUGCGUCUGUGAGUUCUCUUUUAGGGAAAGUACCACCGUGUGAUCCCAGUAUAAACGUGUUCUCCAGUUUACCUCACUGAACUUUAACAUUCUCCUCAACUCUCCAGCUGUGUUUGAAGCUCGCACUCUGAAAUGCAGUACUGUGCAAAAGUCUUCGGCACGUGGAAAGAAAUGCUGUCGACCAAAAAUGGCUGAAAAAUAAUGAAAUGAAAUGUUUCAACAUUUAAAAAAAUACUAUAAACAGUAAGCCAUAAUAAAUGAAACGAAGUCGGUAUUCGAUGUGAGACGAAAUUCCCUUUGCUUUAAAAAAAAAAAAAAAUAGUAGUCUCAGGUAUGAUGAGUGCAGUUUGAUAAGGAAAUAGGUUUUACUGAGCAUCUUCCAGAACCAGCCAGAGUUCUUCUGGACACUUUGACUGUCCCACUCGCUUCUUAAUUUUGCACCAAAACCCAGUAGCCUUGUCAAGUCAUGUCAAGUUUAUUUGUAUAGCACUUUUAGCAAUAAACAUUGUCGCAAAGCAGCUUUACAGAAUUUGAACGACUUAAAAUCUGAGCUAAUUUUAUCCCUAAUCUAUCCCCAAUGAGCAAGCCUGUGGCGACGGUGGCAAGGGAAAAACUCCCUCAGAUGACAUGAGGAAGAAACCUCGAGAGGAACCAGACUCAAAAGGGAACCCAUCCUCAUUUGGGCAACAACAGACAACAUUAACAGUCCUAACAUAAAGUCAGCUUCGUUGAUGCUAUAAACCCCCCACCGACGGAAACCCGAGCGCAAAACCGUUCAUGACAACCGUAGUCCCAAAGUCAGCAAGUCAACUGCAGUUCCCAGCCACAAAAACACCACUGCAAGAGUCCAGAGCGUCCUCCAGGCGCGACCCCCAACUGUCCACAUGGGGCUGGCCUCCACAGGAGCGAUGCAAUGAGACUCCAACCAGACACAGGGCACCAGGAUGGACCAGGCAGGUCCGAGGAGCAGAAGAGGUCAGCAUCUCGAUCCCAGGACCGACAUGUAACUCAGAGGGACAGAUUUGGGGGGGAGAGAGAGAAAACACAGGUUGUUAGGUAUGCCCAAUGUCACCUGAAUAAGUAGGAACAGUAUACAUUUUGCGCCGAGUACAAGCAGGGACUCCGGCAACUAACUAUGACAGGAUAACUAAAAGGGGAGAGCCAGAAGGUAACACAGGCAUGAGGGAGCCCUGGGACAUAAAGCAGCCAGCCACUACACCGUCAACGAACUCGAGUGGGGACUGACAGCAUCCAUAGAUCCCAGUUUACCAAAACACUCUGUCUGAGGAUCCUCCAGAUCUCCUCCUUUACCUCAUAAACACCAUUAACAAAAGGCUUGACUAAACAGAUACAGUAUGUUUUCAGCCUUCAUGUUUUUUCUUUUUUAAUCUGAAAAGUGCUCUUUGAUGGAAUAUGCUGCUCAGAUACACACCUUUUUUUUCUGUAACAUUUAAUUUUGUGCUGGGGGAAAAACAAACGUUUGGAACUCUAAAACGUUUUUGUACUGACUCGAUAAUGGCAAAGCUUGUUUGAAAAGAAAAAAUAGAGCGCCUAAGACUUUUGCACAGGACUGUAUACAUUUACAGCUUGUGCUUAUUGGUGUUAAUGCACACGCUGCGUAAAGUCCACUCCUGUACUCUGAAGUUCAUUUAUUUUGCGAUGAAGGUGUACAAGUCCCAAUUCCACUCUCAACUUCUUAUUUUUUUUUUUAAAUACUAUUCUGAGCAAAGCAUACCUUGCUGCUUUGAGGUCAGGGUUAAAAAGUCAUCUGUUACAUUAUGCUUUUAUAGCUUUGGUUUAUUGGUUUUUUGUCGUGUUGAAGAUGCACUCCAGGUCAGAGGUCUAAGGCUACGUUUACAUUACGUCGAAUCAGCGGAUCAUCAGAUUAAUGUUCUUAAAAUGAUUCGCGUUUACACUAAAACCGUUAGCCGUGCACACAGCAACACCAAUACGCGGAUACGCUCGGCUCCGCAGGCAUCCUGCGCUCCAAAUCACUCCGCCCUGAACAGCGAGUGCCCUCUGGAGGGUGCGCACUCCGGCCCUGCGCAGCUCACAGAGCGCGCGAGUGAAGUGAACAAGCCACGAUUCGGGACUGAGCCGCUGUGUGUGAGAUCCCAGCGCAUAUCACUUAUUACUUGCAAGUGGAAGGAUGGCAAGCCUAAAGACAAUCAUAACUACACAAAGGGCAGUAUUUGCAUCAGUAUUUGCAGUAUUUUCAUACUUUUAUACUCUUUAAUGAAAGGUGAUACAAGGCGGAAGUCUGCGCCGUUUUUCAGCAGUCGCGUCACAUGACCAACGCCAGCGAAUCAGGAAGGUGGAUGUCACAGUGACGUUGUCCAAUGAGACGCCAGCUAGAGCUCAGCACAGCGUAUCCGCGUAUUCUCAAUGUUUACACAGCACCGGAGCUGAUACGAUCUAGAUUGAAUACGUGGACGCUGGCGGAUUCCCGUUUCCCCGCUUUUUCAGGGGGGUUAAUGUAAACGGACAGUGCAUCCGCGAAGAAAACGAGACAGAUACGGUCUAGUGUAAACGUAGCCUAAGUCGUGUGUUCGUGCAACAUGGCUGAUCGAAAGCAAAUGAGUGUUUGAACAAACAUUGAGUUAGUUGACCAGUUCCAUCUGUUUAUAGCGAGUGGUUUGAGAUUUUACGAAUAAAACGAGGGAUAUACUUUCGACAAGUAUACAGGUUUGUCUAAAUUGAAAACGUAACAUUUAUUUUGGUGAAAUGUUGCAUAUUGACGACAUGAAGGCGAAUAAAUGUUGCCUAAAAACAGGAUUUUAGUAGGAUAUGAAAUAUGUAAAGAACGUAAUACCAUGACAUGAGUACGAGUUGUUCAUUUUUGUUAGAAAUAUGUGCAGUGAUCUGGGAAACCACCAAACUGGCUGACAAGCAGCCAAAAAAAAAAAUGCAGAAAAAACACCUUUUAAAAAAAAAACAUUUCAGCAAAACGAUAUUAGAAAUGUUUUGCUUUGUAACUUUGCCGAUGAUCAUUUUGACUAAAGAGCGACUUAAACAUGCGUGCCUAAAGAUGUUUAAAUUGCAAGCUUGCUAGCUAAGUAUGUUUUCCUCAUACAGCAAAUGUCCUGCUUUUGAUCACGUCAGUUACGUGUCCUAGCGAAACCGAAACCUCCUACUCAGAUUGACUUGUAAACAGCGAACAAAGCAGUAAUGAUCAAAUAAAAAAAAUGGGAAAUUUACCUAACUAAUUACCUAAAGUGCACUCAAUGAACGAGUUCACAGAUGUAACGAUGUGAAUAGCGAUCAGACGGGUCAAAGGUGACGUGAGGCUCCAGAUAAUCAAAUACCGCGACUGAUCUGUCAAUGCAUUAAAUUUGUAGUUGCAAAAGUAAAAAACGCCCGACUGGUGCAGUAGAUCAUUGUACUGCGACCUUAAACCUGAUUCAGUUUUUACGCCACGUACAGCGGAUAUAAAAAGCAUACACACCCUGUUAAAAUGAUUGUUUUACACAGUGUUGUAUAAAGUACUGGGAAAUCACACUCAAGUAAAAGUAUUGGUACCCUUCCAAAAAAUGACUUUGGUACAAGUCAAAGUCACUGACUGAAAUGUUACUUGAGUUAGUCUUAAAGUAUCUGACAUUUCUUGCACUUAAGUAUGACAAGUAAUGCAAAAAUAAAUGUACUCAAGUAAUGUAAUUAAAAGUAAAAGUAAACAAGCAAAGGCAAUCUGAAUUUGUAAUAUUUUUAAUAUUUUGGUAAACUGAAGGUAAUUUGUCACCAAUGGUUCAUGACAAGCAAUUAGACUGCUGAAAAUAGAGGUGCGCACACAACCAUUAUAAACAAGAAAAAAAUAAAUUGGGAGAAAAAUGAAGCUGCCUAUCUGGUAGCCUGGGCCCGCCCAUCCUAAGUGUGACGCAACACGGGGGGCUGUUGCGAACUUAGUCUGGCAAGGCAAGCUAUCUCCAGCUCUUCCAAGCUCCCGAAAAAUCGGGAGCCAAUCAACUUUGAGCAUCUCCAACGGCCCUGGGUAGAGGCGUGUUCAAGGCACUGACGUAGUAGAACUGCGACCGGAAGCCAUAGAUUGUUUACAGAAUCUAUGCCGGAAGCGCUUCAUUCACUAGAAACAUUACGAACAUGGAGCAGCGGCAAGCCUUUGACACAGCGGUAGAUGCUGUAUUGAAAGCAUUCAACGGGAAGUUCUCAUUGAAAACGGAGCAAAGAGCAGCCCUGGAGGUAUUUAUUGAAAGGAAGGACGUUUUCACCUUGCUCCCGACCGGCGUCGGUAAGAGUUUAAUCUACCAGUUAGCCCCGCUGGUAGCCAAAUCAAUGGGGCUCAGCGAGAAUCCUAUCGUUGUGGUCGUCUCGCCUUUGAUCGCGCUAUUAUCAUCCUCUUCCUCUUCAGCUCCUCCUUCUUCUUCCUGUUACUCAAGCAGUUUCCGUCGCGUCACAUACGUCAGAGGAAAGAGUGAUGUGAUUGGUUUAAGCUUCGUCACAGCCUUUUCUGGCUUCGACCAGUAGCAAACUGAGGCAUUUCAGGGAGGCGGGUCAACCACGCGCUUUGGGAAACGGUUGGGCUUAAUAUCUAUGCCAGACCAAAUGCUCGCAGAGCUUUGAAGUUGCGUUAGCCAGACUACCUAUCUGGCAUCUGAAGAUGGAGACCACAGUUUUGACACUUUUUUUUUUUCUCUCAUUUUUUUCCUUUGUUUUUUAAACUAAGAGAAAGUACUGAAAAUUAGGCAUACAUCACACCAUUAAGAAAAAAACCCAUAAAAAAAGCUGCUACUGUUAUUGCACUUUAUAAACUAUGGAGGUGCAUACACGACCAAUUGCUGUCAUAAUAAUCAAAAGAAAAAAGUAAUUUGGAGAAAACUGAAAAACCUGAGAAAACCUCGAUGUGUUUCUUUAGAUUGGACGGGGAGUUUCUAUAAGAGAGAAUUUCCACGUUUUUUGGAAGGCAUAAGAGGCACUUCAUUCGAUAGGACGAAUCCUUCACAUCAACGUAAGAGAACAUUGUGUUCAAAUACGGCCAGGGGUGCUCAUCAUCAGGUUCCUCUUCAUUUGUAGCCGAAGUAGCUGCUGUCUCCGUCUCCUCUUCCAUCAGGGCUGUUGAUUGCGAAGCUAGCUUUCUGCUUACUGCGUGAAGCCAACAGGUGUAGCCUACUGGUUGUCAUGCGCAAGUGGUGAACAAGCCCAGGCACGUCCUGACUUCGUUGCAGUCAGUGGGGUUAAAACACGUUUUUUUCCCUUUCUUUUUUUUUGUAACAAGUAACUAAACGGCUCUUUGAAAAUGUAUCGUAGUAAAAGUAUGCAAUUAAGUUAAAAAAUAUAGUGAAGUAAAAGUGAAAGUUCUCAAAAAUUUGAAAACUCAAGUAAAGUACAAAAUCUCCCAAAAUGUACUUAAGUACAGUAGUGAAGUAUUUUUACUUCGUUACUAUACAACACUGGUUUUACAUCAGGAAAAACCUAUGAGACCACGAUAAAUCAUUUCAACACUUUUCCCACCUUUUAAUAUGUGAUCUAUAAUCUGUACAAUUCAACUGAAAAGCAAACAAAUCUGUUCGGGAGGAAAACGU